GCACGUGCCCACCAAGUUUGAAACGCAAUAUGAAGAAAAGCAAUCAGAGUCUCUUCAUUUUUGCCUCUCCAUUGGCCUCUGAUCUGAGCGAGUAUCCUCUGCAAAUUUGAGUGAGUCGACUGUAAAAAUCGGCGAACGGUUAACGGUGACGGUGAAAAUGACGAUGGCAGCACCUCAUUGAACGUUUUAAACGGUAAAGCGAAGUCGUUGUAACCCCAAAGACAACGACAUAAGCGAUACUCUUCCCGCUAAAUCUAGAAGGUUUUUUACCUCUGUUUCUAACUAAAAAUUUGGCCGGCAGUUUGGCCAUGGAAAUCUAGAAAGUUAAAAUUUUUCACCUCCUAUGGGCGUGAAUUUACGAUUGGGCUAAAAUUUGGGUAGGAAAAGUGCUUUUCCCUUUUGGAAGGGAAUGUGCUUCCAAAAAAGACCUUACAGUUUUAUAGGAAUGAAUUAUUUCAAAAACGCCUCAAAGUUAUAAUUUCUUUUAAAUCUCGCCUUGUUUCACUCAUCUCCUACUUGACGCCCUGGGUCUGGCUGUGCCGCAGUUGAAAGCUUGUCAUCAGUUGAGAGUUCGAAACCCAAUUACAGACACAAAACAAUAAUCAGAAACAGAAGGAAAAACUGAAAUUUCAAAACAUUUUCGUUUUCUGAAACGAAAAUGAUGGCAAAAUGCUCUUUUCAAUCUACUGACACCACCCUCUUAAAGAGCCUCGAUGGGCUUCGCCACCUCGCAGAAACGCGCCGUUUCAAGGCGUGGUUCUUGGAUCAAUUUGGGGUCCUUCAUGAUGGCAAACAACCUUAUCCUGGUUCAAUUCCUACAUUAGAAAAGAUAGCAACCACUGGUGCAAAAAUAGUGAUCAUAAGUAACUCUUCAAGGCGUGCUUCAACCACGAUGGAAAAGAUGAAGAAUCUUGGAUUUGAUACUUCUCUUUUUGCAGGCGCUAUCACUAGUGGAGAAUUAACACAUCAGUACUUACAAAGGAGAGAUGAUGUUUGGUUUGCAGCACUUGGAAGGUCUUGCAUUCACAUGACUUGGAGUGACCGGGGUGCUAUAUCCCUUGAGGGGCUCGGCCUUCAAGUCGUAGAGAAUGUAGAAGAAGCUGAAUUUAUUUUGGCCCAUGGUACUGAAGCUUUGGGGCUCCCUUCUGGAGAGGCACGUCCUACUAGUCUUGAGGAUCUCGAAAAAAUAUUGGUGCUUUGUGCUGCUAAGAAAAUUCCAAUGAUUGUAGCUAAUCCAGAUUAUGUGACUGUUGAGGCUAGGGCUCUGCGUGUUAUGCCCGGUACUUUGGCAUCAAAAUAUGAAAAGCUAGGAGGUGAAGUGAGAUGGAUGGGCAAACCAGAUAAGAUAAUAUAUAUAUCGGCGAUGAACAUGGUUGGCGUUGAUGCUAGCAACUCCAUUGCUGUGGGCGAUUCCCUUCAUCAUGAUAUUAAGGGAGCCAAUGCAGCUGGAAUCCAGUCAGUAUUUACCACUGGAGGAAUCCAUGCAAAUGAACUUGGACUAAGCAGUUUCGGAGAAGUUGCAAAUUUAUCUUCUGUCCAAACUCUUUCAUCAAAAUAUGAUGCAUAUCCAUCAUACAUGUUACCAGCAUUCAUAUGGUAAAAUCUUAUGAAGGUAUGCAUGACCAAAUUCUUGUUCCAACGAUGUAAAAUUUUCUGCAAUCAAAGAGUACUGGUACUUGAAAGCAUUGUGAGAGAAAAACUCUGAAUGGAGUUCAAGAUCACUGGUAUUCCAGCCAACCUUUCUUUUACCUUUAAAUGGUAACAUCUUGAUUCAGUUUCCAUAACCCAGAUAAUAUUUUGGUG